CGGUGGGGGAGGCGGACUCUAAAAGAUAAACAGACAGUCGAUAUGGCGUCGACAGCAGCAGCUCUUGACACUGCUCGGACCCGGCCCACCGGCUCCUGACUGGGGGACGUUCACCACCUCACUACCCGGGGGAAGAGCUCCAACUUGGGCUUUGAUCCAACAUGGCCGCUGUUUGUUCUGUAAUGAAGCUGCUGGGAACGCAGGAGCCGUCGAAGACCUGAGGUCCGCCUUCACAGGACUUCCCAGCAUGCUUUACCAGUGAGGAAAUGAGUGUUGUUGGGGAAAGUGGGGCGGAGCCUCCCAAGGGGGCGGGGCUCCUGAAGAGGAAAGACUGUCGCAAUGACGACCUGGCGCCGAGCCCAAAGAGGAGCAGGGAGGAGGAGGCCCGCUACGUAGAGGAGCUAGCUGAGCUGAUUAUCGCCAACCUGAACAAGGAGGAGGAGGAGGAGGAGGAGGAGGAGGAGGAGGGGGAGGAGGUGAUGAAGAAGGAGGAGCAGCAGGAGGCGAAGGCCGAUCUGAAGGAGACACUGAGGAAGAUCAGACUGAUACAGGAGCAAGAGCGCGGACCCCCCCACGGCCCCUCCAGUCCCGACCGGCUUCAGCAGGCCCAGGUCUCCUCCUCUGGGGGCGGAGCCAUCGACAGACACGCCCUUGGGCCCCUGAUGCUGGAGGCCCUGGACGCGUUCUUCCUGGUGGUCGGGAGGGAGGGCACUCUGGUGUUUGUGUCCGACAACGUGAGCCAGUACCUGGGCUGCCAGCAGGAGGAGCUGCUGGGCACCAGCCUCUAUGACCUGCUGCACCCCGGAGACCAUGCCCACUUCCUCAACCUCCUGCCGCCCCGUAACCACGUGAAUGGGCGGGGAUCGGAAGCAGCCAAUAGGAGCAGCCACACCUUCACCUGUCGCAUGCAGGUUAGCCCUGUGUGUGCGUUGGCCGCGCCGUCCCCCUCCCACCACCAGGGGCCGCUGCGGUACCAGACCCUGCAGUGCUUCGCCGUCUCAGAGCCCCGGAACAUCAGACAGGAAGGAGAAGAGUUCAGGUCGUGUCUGAUCUGCGUGGCCCGCCGGGUCCCAGGAAGAGAAAGGUCUGCCCCUCCGGCCUACGAGAGCUUCACCACCCGCCAGGACCUCAAAGGGAAGAUUCUGUCCCUGGACACUAGUGCCCUGCGGGCCGCGCUGAGCCCCGGCUGGGAGGACCUCGUCCGCUGCUGCAUCCGCCGCUUCCACCGGCCCCGCCCCCCCGACCACGCCUCCUACGCCAAGAGGCACCACCAGGACGUUGUGAGACAGGGCCAGGCCUCCAGUCCGGUCUACUGGUUCUCCAUGGCUGACGGUUCCGUGGUUUCCGCCCAAACUAAGAGCCGGCUCCUCCCCUCCCCCAACAGCCAAUCACAGCUCUACAUGUCCCUCCACAUCCUGCAGAGGGAACAGAAACCAGGGGGGUUGAGUCCUGGCCAGCGAUUGGCCGACCUAGCAGAUGGCCCCUCCCCAGAAGCCACUGUCAGUAGUACCCCCGGCCACCCCGGGGCCCCCGGCCCCCAGGACCCCAACCCCGCCGGCCCCCCUAGCAUCACCCUGGAGCCCCCCCUGUCUCCUCUCUCUCCCCCGGGGCCCUCCUCUCCCCCGGGGUCCUCCUCCACCCUGGGGCCCUCCUCCACAGUGGGGCCCUCCUCCCCCCCGGGGCCCACCUCCAACCUGGGGUCCUCCUCUAACCUGGGGCCCUCCUCCACCACGGGGCCCUCCUCCACCAUGGGGCCCUCCUCCCCCCCGGGACCCUCCUCCACCCCGGGGCCCUCCUCCACUGUGGGACUCCCCUCCACCCCUGGGCCCUCCUACACCGUGGGGCCCUUCUCCCCACUGGAGCCCGCCCUGUCUCCUCUCUCUCCCCCUGUGCCCUCCUCCACCCUGAGACCCUCCUCCCCCCCGGUGCCCUCCUCCGUCCUGGGACCCUCCUCCACCCUGGGGCCCACCUCCACCACGGGGCCCUCCUAUAUGACGGAGACCUCCUCCACCACGGGGACCUCCUCCACCCUGGGAACCUCCUCCACCCUGGGACCCUCCUCCAACCCGGGGCCCUCCUCCACCAUGGGGCCCUCCUCCACCGUGGGGCCCUCCUCUGUCAGCAGCAGCAGUAGCUCCGGGCCUACGUCCUGUGGGGUUACCCAUGGCCGUGCAGAGGGACGGAGCUCUAGAGGAGACCCCGCCUCCAGCGGCAGAGGUGUCGUGGAGGGGGAGGAUCAGGGGGUGGAGGAGGGGGAGGAGCAGGGGGAGGUGGAGGAGGAGGAGGAGGAGCGAAGUGAGGGCCCACGGCGUUACACCAAGCUGCUCCAGCUCCUCACUGACACACCGACGACGCACGGCGACGACCAAUCCGAACACGCCAGGGACCCAGGAGGCGGGGCCAGUGCCUGCGGGGGGGCGGGGCCUAAUGGUAACUCCUCCCUGAAGGACAAGCACAAGAUCCUCCAUCGCCUGCUGCAGCAGAACAGCUCCGCCCCCGGGGGAGGGGGGGAGGGAGGGGAGGAGGGGAGGAGAAAGGACAACGCCCUCCUAAGGUACCUGCUGGACCGGGACGACCUUCAGGAGAGAGGAGGAGACCAGGAGAAGGUCACCAGGCAGGAGCCCGCCAGGGCACAGCAGGCCAGUGAGCUUGAGGACCUACUGGAAGACCCCCAGGGCAGGGCUCCAUACCGGCUCUGCCCAGGAAAGAUAGCUGGAAGACGGGCCUCUGUCCCCCUCUCCUCCUCCUCCUCUCUCCCCCUCUCCUCCACCUCAUCUCUCCCCCUCUCCUCCACCUCCUCUCUCCCCCUCUCCUCCUCCUCUCUCCCCCUCUCCUCCACCUCCACCUCUCUGGACAAUCAGAGCAUCAUCAGUGACCUCCUGCAGAUGAUGGAGAGUGUACCUAGCACCACCCAGAACCCAGCCUCACACCUGCUGGCCUCCAGGGGGGCCCCCCCACUGAGGGGCGUGUCCCCCGCCCCGGCCCCUGGCCCUGCCCAGAACCCCCCCACACACAGAGUCAGCGCCCUGCAGCAAGGCAUGCUGGGAACACCUGAAGGGGGAGUGGCCAACACGGAGAUGGAGAUGACAAGCCCCGCCUACUCCCAGCAGCAAGCUCCGCCAAAUCAGACGGCGCCUUGGCCCAACCGCACGAUGACCAUGCAUCACUAUGGUUACCAAAACAGGCCGGCGUACGGGGGACCCGCGGGGGGGGAGGGGGCUCUGCUGAGCCAGCUCUGCCUGGUGCUGAGGGACCUGGAGGGGCUGGAGGCGAUCGACCACAUGCUGGGCAUCCCGGGGCUGGCUGGACAGGGCCUUCCCUUGGACCAGGACCACUUGUUGACCUCUGACCCCACGCUGGGUAUGAACCCCCCCCGCUACAGCCAGCUCUACCCUUACCAGGGCCCCCCUGCCCGCCCCCAGGCCUAUACUGACCUCCAGCCACGCCCACCCGGGUACUCCCCCAUGGUGGGGGGCCCCGGGAUGGGGGGGAUGUGGCGGUCUGAGGGCGUCCGCAUGGCCCCCCAACCUGGCACCCUGAGGCUCCAGCUGCAGCACCGGCUCCAAUCCCAGAAUUGGCAGCCAAUUGGAGGCCAGAUGGGCGGGGCAUCCAACAUGAAUCUACCUCUCAGGUCCAAUCUACCUAACCAGGGAUCCCUUAAUGUCCAGAUGAUGUCUCAGCGUCAGUACCUCAGUCACCACCUGCGCCAGAAGCAGCAACACGUGCACCAGCCUCACGUGCCCCAGCAGAACGUGUACCAGCAAAACAUGCACCUGCAUCAGGUGCACCAGCAAAAUAUGUACCAACCAAAUGUGCAACAGCAUCACAUGCACCAGCAAAACGUGUACCAGCAAAAUGUGCACCAGCAAAUGGACCAGCAUCACAUGCACCAGCAAAACGUGUACCAGCAAAACGUGCACCAGCAUCACGUGCACCAGCAUCAUGUGCACCAGCAGAGACCCAUCAUGAUGCAGGCGCCGGUCUUCACCCCAAACAUGUCUGGAACACAUGCUGGCUUCACCCCGGCCAAUGGGCAGCCGUUCUGCUACGGAGGGUCAGCCUAUGCCGGGCUGAACCCCUCGUCUCCUGACCCAGGGAAGGUGCUCCCUGCUGGGGCUCCUAGACCUCUGCUCGCCCUCCCCUCCCCCAUGCUGCUGCCCAGGUCCCAGCAGGCCCCGCCCCCUGCAGGGUCAGCCUACCAGACCACCUACGCCCCCAGCGGCUGGACGCAGCCCGCUAGCGCAACCGACGCUAACGUAGCCGACGCUAACGUAGCCACCGCUAACAGUAUGUAUUCCCAUCACCAGUUCCAGUACAGUCCGCAGGCCAAUGGGAUGUACAGCAGCAUCCUCAGCCAGGGCGUAACCAUGGAAACGGGGGCAGGGGGCGGUCCCGGCCAAAUGUCGGGUCACGUGACAUGCAUUGCCAGCGAGCAGGCCAGCGGUGGGAAUCUGGAGCGGCUACCUAAGGCUAGCAGGCUAGCUGGAGAGAGCAUGCUAGCUGGAGCGAACAUGCUAGCGCAGGAGAGCUGAAAAGUCUGCUGACGUCAUCUGAGCCACUGAGGUGCCAGCAGCCAAUAUCGGGCAUGGGAGUCUUCACAGCGCACCGAUCAACAAGAGCUAUUGCAAACCAAUAAACACUGUUCUCUCCACCACCUCAGGCAAUCGGGAGAAGGUGCGGGGAAUAACUAAAUGACUGGUACCUGGGUUAUCAUCACAGAGCUAACCCACUACAGAAUCGUGGUUAGCAUCGCAGAGCUAACUCACUAUAGAACCGUGGUUAGCAUCGCAGAGCUAACUCGCUAUAGAACCAUGGUUAGCAUCGCAGUGCUAACCCGCUAUAGAACCGUGGAUAGCAUUGCAGAGCUAACUCGCCACAUAACCGUGGUUAGCAUCGCAGAGUCUGAUUUUAGUGGUCGUAUGAACUGAUUUGUUGAAGACAGUUAGAAGUAUAUUUAUAGAUUAUUUCCGGAUAAUAUAUCCGUUAUAAAGUGCAUAUUUUAUAGUGUGGUAGCUUCAGGCCUUCUGGAUGUUUAGAGUUUAAUUGAUCGGAUUUCCUUGGAAUUGUGUUGCUACAGAAGAGCUCGGACACAUACAGAACCCACACACACACACACACACACACACACACACACACACACACACACACACACAGGGCGGGGCCUCAGACACAUACAGCCCCCCCACCCCCACACAGGGCGGGGCCUCGGACACAUAGAGCCCCCCCCACCCCCCCCCCCUGCUGACUCUGGGUCCAGGAGAAAGCCACUGAUUGUCCUGGUGCUAACGACUUGACUCUACUGAUUAGGUGGUUGAUAACUCCAUUGAUUCUGGUGCUGUAACCGGGGUAGGGACCACCCUGGAACUAAACCCGUCAGGAAACACAAAAGCCAGAGCCUCAAGCCACAGUGUGUCGUUAGACACACCUUCCAACCCAGGGUGCUUCUCUCUCUCUCUCUUCGUUUCCUUCUCCCUCCCUAUUUGUGAGUUGGGCAUUGAACCAGGCCGACCGACGGCUCACUCAGGGUUCACCUGUUGUUGGUCAAGCAGUGAAGUCCAUUCCGUUCAUCUUAUUGUUAUUGGGUUGUUUCUUUCUGUCUGGUGUGCAGAGUGAAACGAGAAGCAGACUUUUGAAUGUUUUAAAUCUCUCAGCAGAGUAUUCAUGACCAAACCUAUGCACAACAUUUCAAUUACGCGUGUGUAAAAUACGUAAUAUGUUCAGAUAAUGAUUGUUUCCGAUUUACAUUUUUUACUUAAAUAAUAUAUAAGUACAGAUUUUUAUUAACUUAUAGAUGGUAUGUUGACCUGAUCAAUAACCCACGCUAGUACCUCCCUACCUAGUUAGACCCAUGCCUUAGCUUUGCCCUCAUUAGCGGUGUGGUUCACUAGGGCAGAAAGCGAUUGUUUCCUCUGUUGGUCUGAACCCUCUGGCCCAGGGCCGCACCCGCUAGGGAGCCUGGGGGGACACUUGCCUCCUGCAAUGACCACUCCUACUAACUAUUGGUUUAUCAACCAACCAAGCUUACUUUGUGACGUAUACAUUCUUUGGACUGGCCUCUGACAGUAUUAGCUUAGCUUGUCCUAGCUUAGCUUUUCCUAGCUCGCUAACGACCACAUUCCGGUCCCAAACCUUAGCAUGGCUGCAUCAGCUCUUUAGAGCUCACGAGUGGUAGGUUGAGAGUUGAAGGUACACAUUUUGUGCACACCUGAGAUGUAAGUGGUGAGGAUUGGAUAUUUGUAUUAUAAAACCACCGUUUAACCUCAUCACUAAAGACUCGAAAAGGCCAGCCUGUUAUGUUUAGCUCCAUCACUAAUGCCAGCUUGUUAUGUUUUGAUAGUUUUCUUUACUUCAGUCUUGUUAUGGGAAUGUGACUAGCUAGCGAACACGUUUCUUGUUUUGUACAUUAGCAUUUUAUUUUUUCUGGUUUGCCCAGAGAUUUUAUCGAGUGUACUUAAUCAGUCAUGGUUACAGUGGGCGGAGCAUCAGCACCAGUUAGCCUGACGACCGGCCCGGGUAUCAGAUUAUGCUAACUGACUUGUGAUCCAUGCCACUGUAAAUAAAUCUAAUUUUUAUUGAAUGGAA